AAGAAUCAAACCGCGAACACAACAGAUUCGUUCAUAUUCAGAACUUUUAUGAACGUAAUAAUGUUCGAACAGAUUCGUUCGUGUUAACCAUGUGUUCCAAGGUUAUAACAAAAUAUAUAUAUUUCUGUGGUUUUAACUAGCCUACAUGUACAUGUAUUGAGGUUAGAAUUAAUACGGAAUUUUCUGAAACAAAAAAGACUAAAUAUAUUCACAACAAAAAUUCAUCAACGAAUUUGCACCGAAAUACAGUGAAUAUACAUGGAUUUUCACAGAUGGAUCCCUUUAAGAUUACAUAAUCACAUACAAAUACGCACAGCGGGAAUAAUUGCAAUAAUUAAAGCGAUCAAAAAUAGCAAAAAAUAAAAAAAUUAAUAUAAUCAUAAACUUUUCCGACUCGCAAAGCGCCAUCAAAAGCAUUAGUAAUUAAAUAACAGUCAAAUUUAAAUACACCGCUUUAAUGGGGAAAAAGUUAAUAGUGGACUUGGUAAAGGAAAAUCACAAUGUUGCUCUAGUAUGGAACGAAACUGCUGACCAACUUGCGCAAAUCGGAAUAAACCUUAAUGUACCAGCCAAAAAUUUUAAAAUGGGUAAAGAAGACAUUUAUAUACAUUUUAAAGAACAAAUUAAAACAACACCGGAAAAACUCAUUUCCCGAAAACACCUUUCUUCUACAAAAACAUUUAUUUACAAUAGGAUUUAUAUAACAAGCUAAUUGAAUUAAAAAUACCUACACCAAUUAAAUUAUCCAACAUUUUAAACAGAGAAAACAAAAACAAAUAUACAAAAUUGAGAUAAAUAAAAAUUAUAAUACAUAUAUACAUUUAAAACUAAAUAUGAAAAUAAGUCAAAAGAGAAUCCUUCCUAUCAACAUCCCGAAUGUGUGAAAUGCUCGGCCGUUGCCCCUGAGCGAGAAGAGUUUUAGCCUUUGUUGUGAUUGUCUUUUUUUAACAUGUCUAGCUCACAAGAAGAACAGAUGUCCUCAGAAAAAGUAUAAGCUUUAGUUUAAAAUAAAUCAAAGCGAAAACCAGCGCUGGCCAAAUACUGUUUAGGUGAGGCCAAAAUAGAGAAGAUGUAUUGAGGUUAUAUGUUUCUUAUUAUUAUUAAAAUAAUGGUUAUCAAUAUAACUGGAAAAGAUUAUUAAUAAAGAAAUGGAUAUCCAUAAUGUUAAGAAAGAAGUGGAUGUCCACGAUGAUAUCGAUUUAAAACAAGGAUUAAUUGACGAGGUAUUUUCACUAAAAAUUCAAAAUACAAAUGAACAAAUAAAUGGAAUUCAUUCAAUCAAACAAGAAAUAAACGAUGACUUGAAUACAAAUAAAAUAUUUGAUAACCAUGUGGAUGCAACUAAUAAAACAAAAAGGAACAUUCUCAGUAAACAUAUAAGAAACAAACUAGGAUAUUCAAAAGUUAACCAAGGAAGGCUAUCUAAAUUAAUAGUUACAGGACCUAUUAAAAGUUGGAAGUAUAUUCAAGCAAAUACUAUGGGGUUAAAGAUAUGUUUAUACUGUGGGAAUUUAUACACAAAACAAGAAGAAUUGUUAUGGCACUUAGAAUUGAAUCAUUGUAUAAAAAUAAACAAUUUUUAUAAGAUUCGCCAUAAAAGUAAAAGUGAUACAUUUAUUAUGGAAAAUAUUGAUAUAAAAGAUGAAAUUGAAGUAGUUGAACAUAAAUUGAAAGUUGAGUUGCAGGACACAAGAAAUAAGUUGAAUGAGGAAAGUAAUUCAAAUAUGCAUUCACAAACUCAAUCAAAAUCAAAGCCAUUCAAAUGUGAUAUUUGUUUGAAAACUUUUUCACAGAAAAGUGGUUUGAAGACACAUUUGCGUAAUCACACAGGAGAAAGGCCAUUCCAAUGUGAGAUUUGUUUGAAAACCUUUUCACAGAAAAGUGGCUUGAAGACACAUUUGCGUAGUCAUACAGGAGAAAGGCCAUUCAAAUGUGAUAUUUGUUUGAAAUCUUUUUCACAGAAAAGUGGUUUGAAGACACAUUUGCGUAGUCAUACAGGAGAAAGGCCUUUCAAAUGUAAUAUUUGUACAAAAACUUUCUUAUAUACAUGUAAUUUGAAGACACAUUUGCGUAGUCAUACAGGGGAAAAGCCAUUCAAAUGUGACAUUUGUUUUAAAACAUUUUCACAGGGAAGUGUGUUGAAGACUCAUCUACGCGGUCAUUCAGGAGAAAGGCCAUUCAAGUGUAAUAUUUGUUUAAAAACUUUUUCAUAUAUGAGCAAUUUGAAGACACAUAAGUUUAAUCAUACAAGAGAAAAGCCAUUCAAAUGUGACAUAUGUGUGAAAAGUUUUUCGCAGAUAAGUGGUUUGAAAACACAUUUGAAUAAUCAUACGGGAGAAAAGCCAUUCAAAUGUGAUAUUUGCUUCAAAACUUUCUCACAUAAAAGUGGUUUGCAGACCCAUUUGCGUAGUCAUACAGGAGAAAGGCCUUUCGAGUGUAAUAUUUGUUUAAAAACUUUUUCACAUAUAAGUAAUUUAAACGCACAUUUGUGUAAUCAUACAAGAGGAAAGUCAUUCAGAUGUGAUAUUUGUUCAAAAACUUUUUCAUAUCAAAGUAAUUUGAAGAAACAUUUGCGUAAUCAUACAGGAGAAAAUCCAUUCAAAUGUGAGAUUUGUUUCAAAACAUUUCCACACGAUAGUGGUUUGAAGACACAUUUGCGUAGCCAUACAAGAGAAAAGCCAUUCGAGUGUAAUAUUUGUUGGAAAACUUUUGCAUAUAGCAGUAAUUUGAAGGCACAUUUGUGUAGUCAUACAAGAGAAAACCCAUUCAAAUGUAACAUUUGUUUGAAAACUUUUUCAUAUACAAGUAAUUUGAAGAAACAUUUGCGUAGCCAUACAGAAGGAAAUUCAUUCUAAUGUGACAUUAGUUUUAAAAAAGAUGAGUGGUUUGAAGAGAGAUCUGCAUAGUCACUUAGGAGAAAAGCCGUUUAACAUUCUGUUCGACAUUUCUGUAUACCUAUGAUUGUUUAUUGAAAAAAAAUUCAAGUUUUGUUAUAGAGUAGAAAAAAAGGCAAAAUAAUUAAUUAAUUAUUCCAAACCAUAAUUAUAAAAUGAAGGUUUUAUCAUGUUAUACUUCUUUUCCUUUGUAAAGGCAAUGUUUUUAGAUAGUACAUAUAUUUCCUUAAAUGAUAUUUUGCUACAUUUGUAUUUUUUGUAGUUUACAUUUAAAACGACUUUAUUAGUCCUGUAGGUUUUAUACUUUAUCGAUUUUCUUUCAUUAGUUUUCUCUUAUAUUUUUUUUAUCAAAUUUUUAAUGUAUUACAUUGAAGUACAGUUUUUUUCAAGAUAUGACUCUAUUUUCUGGUUUUCUAGGGAUAGGAAUAGACUUUGUGCAAAAAUCAAAUGAAGUAAAGUCUUUUAAAUUGUAAUUUUUUAUGCUCUUCUUCUCUGUAAGCUAAGAUUAGCGCCAGAGAAGAAAAAAAUAAAAUUGCUACAACUGGUGCUACUAAAAAAAAUUGAGACCUACAGUUUAUACAAACAAAAAUCUACAGAAAAUAAUUAUAAUGUUUCUCUUUA